AAUUCACCCAUUAAACUCCCACAACGAUUUUUCUUUCUUUCUAGGAAUUACCUUUUGAUUACAUUAGUAAGUCUAAUUCCAGGCUGCCUUCUUACAUUUGCUUUGUAUUUUUUAAAUGCCCCCACUUCAGCUGAAAUGCUUAUAUAACGGUGUUCAACUACUCAUUGCUGUAUUUGGGGUGAAAGCAUGGCGUGGUUCAGUGUAAAUCUCAGUAACAUCACUUUGGAGGGUGAGCUAUCUGGGGAUGAACUGCGAGAUGAGCGCUUGGCUCAAGUGGAAAUAGCUCUCCUGUCCAUCAUCUUCUGUGCUGCAGGAAUCCUAAACUUCGGGCUCUUGUUGGUGCUGUGGAAGCGGAGGAAGCAGCUCUCUAGGAUGCGCGUCUUCGUUUUCCACCUGUGCGUCGCCGAUCUGGUGGUCACAUUCUUCCAAGUGUGUCCUCAACUCAUGUGGGACAUCACUGACAGAUUCGUCGGUCCAGAUGUAUUGUGUCGCGUAGUGAAGUACCUGCAGGUGGUCGGGAUGUUUGCCUCCUCUUAUAUGAUAGUGGUCAUGACGAUAGAUCGAUAUCAAGCCAUCUGCAACCCCAUGGUGACGUUCCAGAGGCGCAGGGCGCGCUGGAACGGUCCGGUGUGCGCUGCCUGGUGCGUCGCUCUCAUCGGCAGCCUCCCUCAGAUCUUUAUCUUCUCUCGGGUCGAGGUCGCUCCCGGUGUGCACGACUGCUGGGCGCAGUUCAUCAAGCCGUGGGGACCGAGAGCCUACGUGACCUGGACGACUCUAGUGAUAUUUGUCCUGCCCAUACUCACGGUGAUCGUGUGCCAGGUGCGCAUCUGCCGCACCGUGCACAUUAACUUUCACAUGAAGACGCAGCACGUCGGAGAGGCGGUCAGUAAGCCGCUGUCCUCCAGGGCCAGCAGCGUGGCAGGGGUGUCCAAGGCGAGGGUGAAGACGGUGAAGAUGACCGUGGUCAUCGUGCUCGUCUACAUUAUCUGCUGGACGCCUUUCUUCACCGUCCAGCUCUGGUCUGUCUGGGACGUCGAGGCGCCCACUCACACUGCAACCUUCACCAUCUUGAUGCUGCUGGCCAGUCUGAACAGCUGUGCGAACCCCUGUAUCUACCUGCUGUUCAGUGGGAAGAUGCCCAAGAGACUGGUGGCCCUGAUGUGUGUGGGUCAGCCCGAUGUGAAGGAGUCCAUUCAGGAGGAGGCCACCAUGGUCAGCUCCCUGUACAUCAGCCUCAAGAGCCUGUCAGACUGCAAAUAGAAGUACUGACGCCUCGGACGCUUUUCUCACCUCAGGCUCUCAUGGCUCUCUUCUGAGAGAGACUUACUGAAAUCCUCUAAUAAGUGUGAGGACAAACAUCACCGCAGAACUACAAGUCCCUGUAGUAACCUUAUAUUGUAGUGAGACCACAUUGUAGAAAUGAACAAAAUGAACACUAUGAAAUGCUUUCAUGUGGAAACUCUACAUGGAGUACCAGACACACCAUAAAUCUUUAUAGGGAUUUUACAGUGUAACAUUAUGUAUGAUGCAGUUGCUAUAAAGUCCCUAUUACAUAACACAUACUUCUCAAAUAUUAAAGGAUUUUUUUGCCAUGCUAGUGGUGUGGUUCUAGAGAUGGCAGUCUGUCGAUCAGUUGUUUCACCACUUUAGUCCAGACUGAAAUAUCUCAACUACUAGAUGUAUUGCCAUGAUAUUUUUGUACAGACUUUCAUGGUCCCCAGGGGAUGAAUCCUAACAGCGUUGAUAAUCCCUCGACUUUUCCUCUAGCGCUACCAGCAGGGCAAAGUUUUCACUUGCAAAAUCUCAACAUCUACUCGAUGGAUCGGCACAACAUUUUGUACAGACAUUCAUGGUUCCCAGAGGAUGUAUCCUACUGACUUUGGUGAUCCCUUAACUUUUCCUCUAGCAUCAUCAUCAGGUCAAAAUUUUAAUUUGUGCAACACUUUG